AUGUCGACACCUACCCCUAGCAUUGAGGCUGCCGAAGAUGCCUCCCUCGACGCACUCAUCGACUCUUUCGCGCGUACCAAAGCCGCCGAAGCACAAGCCACCUCCGCCUCCGCCUCCGCUUCCGCUGGCCCCUCCGCUGCGCCCCGGAAGGAAAUCACCAUGGCCGAGUUUCAGAGUGUGCUGGACAGUACCCCGCUUUUCAUGCGGGAGACGCCAGAUGGGUCUGAGGAGAACCCUGUGCUGGAUGCGCUGAGGAGUCUGGUUUUCGACGGGGAGGGGGAUGAAGUCGCCUUAAACUUCAAAGACCACGGCAAUGAGCUCUACGUCCAGAAAUCCUACAAGGACGCCGUCGUAGCCUAUACCUCCGGCCUCGACGCGGGACCUACCGACCCCGCUCUACGAAUCACGCUUCUCAACAACCGGGCGGCGUGUAAUCUCGCCUUGAAGAACUUCGGGAUGGUCCUCAAGGAUGCGGGGACCGUGAUUGCCCUGUGUGUGCAAGAAGGGCGGGAUGUGCCUAAUAAGGCGCUGUACAGGGCCGCACAGGCGCUGGUGGGGUUGGAGAGGUGGAAGGAGGCGCGAGAUGUCGUGGGGCGCGGGAAAGAUGGAGGGGACGCUAAGAGCUGGAAAGAGGUGGAAGGGAAGGUGGAGAGGGGGCAACGGGCGGAGGUGGAGCGUGCAGAGCGAUUGAGGCGGGAAAGACUGAGUAAGAAGGCGCUGAGAGAGGCGGUACAGUCCCGCGGCCUGGUCAUCAUCGACACCCCCUCCCCACCCGACAAUCCCAACCCACUACACUUUGAUCCUUCCUAUCUCCCCGCCACUCCCCUCUCUGAUACCACAUGGGACCCGCCCGCGCUGCACACACCACUCAUCUACCCCGUCUUCCUCCUCUACCCCUCUCACGCCCAAUCGGACCUUAUAACCCAUUUCAACGAGACGACGUCCUUCGGAGAUCAUCUGGCCGCCAUGUUCCCCUCCUCCCCCGCGGCGUCCAGCGGCUGGACAGAAUGGGAUAGUAAGCGAGAGUACCAUAGCGCGAACCUGGUGGUGUAUGUGGAAACGAGACAUCGGCGGCUGUUGAAGGUCGGGAAGGAUCUGCCGUUGGUGGAGGUGCUGGCAAAGGGGGUCAAGAUGGAUGCGGCCGGUAGAGUGGGGGAUGGGGUGGUAUUAAGGGAUGGGCUGUUGAGCUUUGUGGUGUUGGUCAAGGGAGAACAGGAGAAGGCUUGGAUAGCGGAUUUCAAGGCCAAGCGAGACGGAACAUAG